AUGGUCAUUGCUUUUGAUGCCACCAUUGGCAGUCCAGUUCCCCAAAACUGGGAGAUUCCAAACACAAAUUUCUCCAUACCGAGUCCUCCAGGAAUCGAUUUCGGAAACUACGUUAACGGAUUCAACCCCAACAAUUUCAGUAUUCCGAACCAGCAGAUCAUAACAGAUUAUUUCCCAGGAGGCUUUUCUAACUUCACUGGAAAUUUUCCUACUUUUCCAGAAGGAAUACCAACUGGCAUGCCUACUGGACUUCCCAGUUUCCCUACCGGAAUGCCUAACUUUCCUAGCGGAAUACCGAAUUUUCCUUCUGGAAUACCAAGCUUUCCUACUGGAAUGCCAAAUUUUCCUACAGGAAUACCAAACUUCCCAUCCGGAAUUCCUAAUUUUCCCACUGGAAACAUCCCAAAUGUUCCAGGAUUACCACCAAUUCCAACAAAUAUAAAUAUCAAUAACUAA